AUUAUUUAUCCCCUCUCCCUCUCCGCAACAACCCGUCUCUGCCUCGCCCCCCGCCGCCGCCGCCGGAUUCGCUUCCGCCUCCGGCGGCCACGCCCAUUUCUCGCACCACUACCUCGCCUCAUCCGCCGGCUCCGAUCGUCAGCUGCGGCAUCAUCUCUACCCCACGACCACGCCAGCCACAAGACCAGAACGCCUCCCACAGCGGGAAGAAUCCAUUCGGCCAGUCCACACGCAUCAGGGGCGCCGCGCCCCCAUCUUUGACUCGCACUCCGCGUCCGGAUCUAGGCCGGUGGAGCGAGGAAAGAUGAACGGAGGCACCGCCCCAUCGGCGGCCGCCGCGGCGGCGACGCCGCCUCACCGGCGGCUGCCGGACUUCCUCCAGAGCGUGAACCUCAAGUACGUGAAGCUGGGAUACCACUACCUCAUCACCCACCUGCUCACGCUGAUGCUGCUCCCGCUCAUGGCCGUGAUCCUCCUCGAGGCCGGGCGAACCGACCCCAACGAUCUGCGCCAGCUGUGGCUCCACCUCCAGUACAACCUCGUCUCCGUGCUUGUCCUCUCCGCCGUCCUCGUCUUCGGCGCCACCGUCUAUGUGCUCACCCGCCCACGACCCCUCUACCUCGUGGACUUCGCCUGCUACAAGCCGCCCGCCCACCUCCAGGUCCGCUUCGACGAGUUCAUGCGCCACUCCAAGCUCUGCGGCUUCUCUGAAGACGCGCUCGAGUUCCAGCGCAAGAUCCUCGAGCGCUCCGGCCUCAGCGAGGAGACCUACGUCCCGGAGGCCAUGCACGCCCUCCCGCCCCAGCCCACAAUGGCCAACGCUCGCGCCGAGGCCGAGACCGUCAUGUUCGGCGCGCUCGACAACCUCUUCAAGGCCACCGGCGUCAAGCCCAAGGACGUCGGCGUCCUCGUCGUCAACUGCAGCCUCUUCAACCCCACGCCAUCCCUGUCCGCCAUGAUCGUGAACAAGUACAAGCUCCGUGGGAACAUCCGGAGCUUCAACCUCGGAGGGAUGGGCUGCAGCGCGGGCGUCAUCGCCAUCGACCUCGCGCGUGACAUGCUGCAGGUGCACCGCAACACCUACGCCGUGGUUGUCAGCACGGAGAACAUCACCCAGAACUGGUACUUCGGGAACCGCAAAUCGAUGCUGAUCCCCAACUGCCUGUUCCGCGUCGGCGGCGCAGCGGUGCUUCUCUCGAACCGCGGCGCCGACCGCCGCCGCGCCAAGUACAGCCUCAAGCACGUCGUGCGCACGCACAAGGGCGCGGACGACAAGGCGUUCAACUGCGUGUACCAGGAGCAGGACGGCGAGGGCAAGACCGGCGUGUCGCUGUCCAAGGACCUCAUGGCCAUCGCCGGCGGCGCGCUCAAGACGAACAUCACGACGCUGGGCCCGCUCGUGCUGCCCGUGAGCGAGCAGCUCCUCUUCUUCGCGACGCUCGUGGCCAAGAAGCUGUUCAACGCCAAGACCAAGCCCUACAUCCCGGACUUCAAGCUGGCGUUCGAGCACUUCUGCAUCCACGCCGGCGGGCGCGCCGUGAUCGACGAGCUCGAGAAGAACCUGCAGCUGAGCCCGGCAGACGUUGAGGCGUCCCGGAUGACGCUUCACCGGUUCGGCAACACGUCGAGCAGCUCCAUCUGGUACGAGCUGGCCUACAUGGAGGCCAAGAGCCGCGUCCGCCGCGGCCACCGCAUCUGGCAGAUCGCGUUCGGCAGCGGGUUCAAGUGCAACAGCGCCGUCUGGCACGCUCUGCGGAACGUCAAGCCGUCGCCCAACAGCCCGUGGGACGACUGCAUUGACCGCUACCCGGUGGAGCUCGUCGACGGCUUCCCCACACACAAGGCGGCGCAGCAAUAGCAUCCACACCCAUCGACGCUCCUCCAAUACAGAUAUCAUAGCUUGUUGGAUAGAUUCAAAUACUCAUCUGGCUAGUAGUGUGACACAACACAAUGGAGGCUGCUGCUUUUCCAGAGCAUGAUUGCCAUGGAAGAAUCUCUAGGCUUACUGCAGGUCUGCUCUGCUCUGUUCUGUUGUAACCAUGUGUUCGUCAGCAUUGGCUCUUUGGUGUGUACUUCGUGGAUCAUCCGGUCCGAGAGGGAACAUGGGCCCCUGCUGUACUAGGUAGUGGUCCAGACUCCAAAGGAAGGGCCGUUCGUUUCAUUUUUACCAAAGGUAUGUUGAUGGCAAAGGAGUGUCUUGUGUAGUUGUGUGUGUCGGCGGAUGGAUGGAGUGAUAUUUAUUUUGCUCUUUCUGAACUACAUAUAUCACUGGCUUUGAUGAACUGAAUGCUUAUGUCGCCUCAUUUCCCCCCCUUU